CACAAGAUUUUUAAAUCUGUGAAAUUUAGGGUUGAAAAUAGUGCAAAUAAAAAACUCGAUUAGAUUACAACAAGAGGUUCCUCCCAAUGAGUGAAAAAUGAUUAUUGUCUGUAACCUGUGUAUGGUGUUUUUAUUGCCAAUUUUUAUUUGCGCGGAAGAUGUUUCUUCCGUAACACAUGGAAAUGCUAUUAAGAAUACUUAUUCAACGAAAACUGCUUUGGAUUGGACCAGCGAUAGGAUUCUUAAUGUCAUCGAGUCUUUAAUCCCUGAUGAACAAAUCACUGAUGGUGUGGAAGGUCGAAAAAAGGGGCCCAAAAUGAACCAAUUUAUUAUACCACUUCUGAUUGGAUUUCUACUCAUAAAAUCGAUUCUUCUUCCCAUCGCUCUCAAAUUUCUGGCAGUUUUGAGUGGUAAAGCUGUUGUUUUAAGUCUGAUGAGUCUCAUAUUAGCGGCAAUUGUUGGUCUGAGACAAGUGGCCCAAAAUGUUGCCCAAAGUGCGGUGAGUCGUAGGGACUCUGACGUUUACCUUCCUCUCAGCAAAUACAGGCGGAAAGACAUUUUGGACAUCAGAGAUAACUUUGAAAAUGAAGAUUCCUUUGGCUAUUACAAAGAACGUCGUCGAAGGAAGUGA